UGGAUAUUACGUAGAAUAAACAAUGUCAAGUAAAGACAAAGACUUCCGGUUGGUCACACUAGUUGUAGACGUCUGUCCCUUACCACUCAGAGAAUUGUUUCUCAAAUAUGCUAAGUCUGAUCCUGGUCCAGGUGUGCCCUACAGUAGUCUCGACAACUACAUGCUUUUUCGCAAACAAGAUGUUGAAAACUUAAUGAAGUUGCGCCCAAAAACGAUCAGAAAAGACCAAUUUGACAUGAUAUAUCCAAAGGCCAACGAAGUAGAAUGGGAUGUAAGCCUACUGUCUGCGCUUUUGCUGGGACUGUUUGGCACGAAGGUCCAGGGCACAGAAGAAAGCUUAAUCAGAAUUAUUCGGGAGACCCGUAACAAACUCCAACACAAACCUGGAAGUUUGACUACCACUGAUACGGUUUUUGACACAACCUGGAAGGAAAUAGAAACAGCGAUAACGUCACUAGCCCUGAAUGUAGGUGGACCAACUUACGAGGCAGAAAUUAAAAACCGCAUUGAUGAAACAAGAGUAAACAAUCUUCCCAAACUAGGUGAUACACUGAAGAGCUGGUAUGAAAAUACUUUACACAGUAUAAGCGAAACUUACCGUAUACUUGAGGCGACCACUGAAAAGCGCGAAACUAAAACAGGUCACACGAGUAAAAGGAUGAAAACAGUGGAUACAAUCCUCCAGAAACUUCGAGAGCAGUUCGCCCAGACGUUUUAUCGUGAGCUUCCUGAUGACUACGCCCAACCUAAUGAAGCUUCAACAAUUCGCCAAAAUCUCACGCACGACCACCAUGUAACCAUUUGCGGCUAUGAAAAAAGCAAAUACCUGGCUUGUGCUCUUUCGGUUAUUGCUGAUCUAGACUACGAUAGGUCAAGAUGUGUUGAAAUGACAAAGCCGGGAGAUUGGAGACAUGUUGACCCUGAAGAAGUAGACCUGAUUCUAUAUCACGAUCCGUUUUCUCUGUCUGUGACGGAAAAGAAAAGAGAAUUAUUUGAUGUUUUCCAAGCAUUGAUGGACGUCUCAACUACAUCUGACGACCAAGCAAGAAUAGAUGUUGUUAUUGUCACGGAAAGGUGCAAACUUGAAGAAAACGGUGAUUUCAAAUGCCACGAUAUUUUCGAAAACAUGGUUGUCCUUUACGAACCGACAAAUGAAAAAGAACCUGUGGAUCUUGCAAAACACCAGAUACAUUACAAGAGAACACAAAAAGACAGCGUUCUCAGAAAUAUGAUAG